AAGGAGGGCAAGAGAUUCAUGGCUAUGCUCGAAGUGAAGGCCGUUAGGGGACGCCAGGGGUUGUGGUUGCAUUUAUUGUCCACCUCAGUCUACAUUUGUACUCUGCAGGAUCCAAAUAUUGGGUUAUUGAAAGUUGAAUAUGCUAACAUAGAAAGUUGUUCCUUGAGCAUAGCAGAGAGGAGGCUUCUGGGCUUGCCACCUCUCUUUCUAAUUUACUUCAUCUGUUCAAACUCUUCUAAAAUCAUGGCAGAGAAGAUGAGUUUUACUGUUGCCGAUGCAGUGGACUACAAGGGAUUCCCUGCUGACAAGUCUAGAACUGGUGGCUGGGUACCUGCUGCUCUCAGCUUAGGCAUUGAAAUAUGUGAGAGGCUCUCAACAAUGGGAAUAGCAGUGAACCUUGUGACAUACUUGGGUGGAACUAUGCACCUUCCCAGUGCUACUUCUGCCAAUGUUGUAACAGACUUCAUAGGUACCUCAUUUCUGCUGUGUUUACUUGGUGGCUUCCUUGCUGAUUCCUACUUAGGUAGAUACAGAACAAUCGCAAUAUUUGCCAUGAUUCAGACCAUUGGGACUUGCAUGUUAGCAGUAUCUGCAAGACUCCCAGAGCUGCGGCCACCUCCUUGCCAGGCUAAUGAAGUCACUCAAUGCAAACAGGCUAAUAACUUUCAAAUGGGAAUUCUGUAUCUUUCCCUGUAUCUAAUAGCAUUAGGGACAGGUGGCUUAAAAUCCAGUGUCUCGGGAUUUGGAACGGACCAGUUUGAUGCGAAAGAUGAAAAGGAGAAGGCCCAGAUGGCUUACUUUUUCAACAGGUUUUUCUUUGUUAUUAGCAUAGGGACAUUAUUGGCUGUCACAGUUCUUGUUUACAUCCAAGAUGAAGUAGGUCGAAGCUGGGGUUAUGGAAUUUGCUCUGCUUCAAUGUUCGUUGCAAUCCUAAUAUUCUUAUCGGGAACUGAAAGAUACAGAUACAAGAAAUGCGUGGGAAGCCCCGUAGUCCAUAUUUGCCAAGUUUUUGCUGCUGCCAUUGGGAAGAAGAAUGUCAAAGUGCCAUCUGACAUUGCGUUAUUGCAUGAAGAUCUCCCCGAGGCUUUACAAAGCCAUCACACAGAUCAGUUCCGUUUCCUGGACAAGGCCUCUGUUGUGACAGAAGAUGAUUAUGGAGACGACGGUUCCUUCACUGUGAACCCUUGGAAGCUUUGUCCAGUUACAAGGGUAGAGGAAGUGAAGAAGAUGAUCAGGCUGCUUCCAAUAUGGGCAACAACAAUUAUGUUUUGGACAACAUAUGCGCAGAUGGUCACUUUCUCAGUGGAACAAGCAACCACCAUGGAGAGAACAAUAGGACAUUUCCAAAUUCCAGCUGGUUCACUUACCGUCUUCUUCGUGGGAGCCAUAUUGAUCACUUUAGCUGUAUAUGAUCGUUUGGUUAUGCCACUUUGGAAAAAAUGGAAAGGAAAACCAGGAUUCACCAAUCUGCAAAGGAUAGCCAUAGGCCUCUUUCUAUCUGCAAUGGGAAUGGCAGCUGCAGCAGUAGCAGAGGUGAAACGGUUGUCAGUGGCAAAACAAUCCAGUGAAACUACCACCCUACCAAUAACCGUUUUCCUUCUGAUUCCCCAAUUCUUCUUGGUGGGUUCAGGAGAAGCAUUUAUAUACACUGGUCAGCUGGACUUCUUCAUCACUCAAUCCCCAAAAGGAAUGAAAACCAUGAGCACUGGCCUCUUCCUGACAACUCUUGCACUUGGCUUCUUUUUAAGUAGCUUGCUAGUUUACAUUGUGAAGAACGUGACUGGAAGCAGCGGUAAACAAGGAUGGGUGGGAGAGAACAUAAACGAAGGAAGACUCGAUUGCUUCUAUGGACUUCUAGCUGCAUUAAGCAUCAUCAACUUCGCAUUAUUCCUUGUUUGUGCAGCAUGGUGCAGGGUGAAAACAGUUAAACGUGAUCCUGAAGUGGAGAUCAUAGACAAAGAAUCCACAAUCGAAGAGAAAUGCUAGUGUUUUCGAUGCUGGAAAACCAUGAUGCUUGCCUUCUUUAAUCACCAAAGUAUACACAAAGUAAUCCGUAGUUAGCUAAUUUUCUCCAUUAGAAUGGAGGGUUGAAGUUCUUGUAUGCAGCAUGGUUUCCAGAAUUAUUA